AUGUUGUCAAUGACGCGACCUUUGAUAACUGUUCAUAGUGAGAAAAAUGAAGAUACGAUGCAAUCAGUUCCCUUGCCAGGUAUAUUCAAGGCGCCUAUAAGGCCAGAUGUCGUAAAUUUUGUUCAUGAUAACAUGGCUAAAAAUCACCGGCAACCAUAUUGUGUGAAUGAAGAUGCUGGGCACCAGACAAGCGCGGAAUCAUGGGGAACAGGCCGCGCAGUUGCUCGCAUUCCGCGAGUGCGCGGCGGAGGGACUCACAGAUCUGGACAAGGUGCAUUUGGUAAUAUGUGUCGCGGUGGUCGAAUGUUCGCACCGACGAAAUCGUGGCGCCGCUGGCAUCGUAAAAUAAGUAUUAACCAGAAACGUUAUGCUUUAGUAUCUGCCAUUGCUGCCACAGGUGUCCCAUCAUUAAUUAUGUCCAAAGGUCACAUGAUUGAAGAAGUACCCGAAAUUCCACUGGUGGUUGAUGAUAAAGUGCAGGAAUACACCAAAACAAAACAAGCAGUUAUAUUUUUGCGCCGUUUGAAAGCAUGGGCCGAUAUCGAAAAAGUCUGCAAAUCACGCCGUUUUCGAGCUGGUAAAGGGAAGAUGCGCAAUAGGCGUCGAAUUCAGAAAUGCGGUCCGCUGAUCAUCUAUCAAAAUGACAAAGGUUUGACUAAGGCGUUUCGUAAUAUCCCUGGAGUAGACUUGAUAAAAGUUGACCAAUUAAAUUUAUUAAAGCUUGCUCCCGGUGGACAUGUGGGAAGAUUUGUUAUAUGGACGAAAUCAGCCUUCAAACAACUGGAUGCAUUAUAUGGUUCAUGGCAAAAACCAUCACGUUUAAAGAAAGAUUACAAUCUACCCAUGCCUAAAAUGGUAAAUACUGAUCUCACACGCCUUCUUAGAUCUGAAUCCAUCAUGAAAGUGCUUAGACGACCAAGAAAGAUAAUAAUACGACGUGUCAAGAAACAUAAUCCAUUAGCAAACCUUAAAGUUAUGAUUGGAUUAAAUCCUUACGCUAGUGUAAUCAAGAAAUCAAUUGCAUUAGCCGAACGGAAAAGAAGACUGGACAAGAUAAUACGUGCUGUGAAGAAAAGAGGUGGCAAAGAUAAACUAAGUGAGCGACAAAGGCUUAUCUACGACAAGUAUAGAAAACGUUUAGUUGCACGGGGCAUCUUGAAAAGAGAGAGAAAAAUCAGGAAAGAAGCGUUGAAAAAGAUAAUUAGAGAAAGAGCUGCGAAGAAAACGAAGACUGAAACUAAAAAGGGUGAAACAAAACCUGAACCUACAAGUAAAGACAAGAAGACACCGACUAUUGAUAAAUUUCGCAAAGUUGGGAGAGUCGUCAAAGUAACGAAAGCUAGUCGAAUGAGUAAGAAACUUCUCAAAGCAGCCGUAAGAAAGGCAGAAAACCGGCGUCGAUUUGGUGCUUCUGUGCCAAUAAUUGAUCAACGGAAGCUUAAACUAAAUAAAUUCAGGAAUGGAAAGAAGGCUAACGAACCAAAGAAAAAGGCUAUUAUUUCAUCAUCAAUGGGUGAGGUUACUACUUCAACAUCUAAGACAAAAGCAUCUUCGCCAAAGAAAAAAUAUUAA